GAAAGACCUCGCUGGGUCUGGGUGGUGUCUGCAGUGCCAGAAAGGGAGGUGGCGGCGGCGGCUGCGACCACGGCCGCGCGGGACGUGAGGCCCGAGAGCAGCCGACGGCGGCGGCCGCUCCAGAGCCUCGCGCCGGGGCCGUUAGUCAGCAGAACGCGAGCCCGUGUGCGGGAGCUGGGCCGGCGCGAGGCGAGACUCCAGAGCGCGAGCCGGCCCCCUCGGGCGCCGCCGUCCCUCCUCGUCCCGGCGCCGGGGGCUGCAGCCCUCGUCCCCCCCUCCUCGGCCGCGCCCGCCCGCAGGCCGGGAGAGUCCGGCGGUGGCGGCGGCAGCAGCGUGGGUCGCACCUUGUGGAGGACAGCGCGUCCGCACAGGCUCUCUGCCGGCCCUUUCUUCCCGACACCUUGGCCGCGGCCCCUCAGGUGCAGAAGAUGAAUAAUCUUUCAUUCAGUGAGUUAUGUUGCCUCUUCUGCUGUCCACCUUGCCCUGGGAAAAUUGCUUCAAAAUUAGCAUUUUUGCCACCUGAUCCAACAUAUACACUGAUGUGUGAUGAAAGUGGAAGCCGCUGGACUUUACACCUAUCAGAACGAGCAGACUGGCAGUACUCUUCUAGGGAAAAAGAUGCUAUUGAGUGUUUCAUGACUCGAACCAGUAAAGGCAACAGAAUUGCCUGCAUGUUUGUGCGCUGUUCACCCAAUGCCAAGUACACUUUACUCUUCUCACAUGGAAAUGCUGUUGAUCUUGGUCAGAUGAGCAGCUUUUACAUAGGACUGGGAUCACGGAUUAAUUGUAAUAUAUUCUCAUAUGAUUAUUCUGGAUAUGGCGCAAGUUCUGGGAAACCAACGGAGAAGAACCUCUAUGCAGAUAUAGAAGCUGCUUGGCUUGCUCUUAGGACAAGAUAUGGCAUUCGCCCUGAAAAUGUGAUUAUAUAUGGCCAAAGUAUAGGGACAGUACCAUCUGUGGAUCUUGCUGCUCGGUAUGAGAGUGCUGCUGUUAUUCUUCAUUCUCCUUUGACCUCGGGAAUGCGAGUCGCUUUUCCUGAUACCAAGAAGACCUACUGUUUUGAUGCAUUCCCAAACAUUGACAAAAUCUCUAAGAUAACCUCCCCAGUAUUAAUAAUUCAUGGGACUGAAGAUGAAGUCAUUGACUUUUCACAUGGCCUCGCAUUGUUCGAGCGUUGCCAAAGACCUGUGGAGCCUCUGUGGGUUGAAGGGGCAGGUCACAAUGAUGUGGAACUUUAUGGACAGUACCUCGAAAGGUUGAAACAGUUUGUGUCACAGGAACUGGUAAAUUUGUAAAAUAUUCUGUAAAUUUGCAUACUGGGUUUUCUUUCCUUGCUGAACUGCACUCUUUGGUAAAUAACAUAAAACCUGAAGGUUUUGUUUGCAAAUCAUGUCAGUUGCCUUCAUAAUUGUACAGGUAAUGAUUUGUUAACAGACUUAAUGAAGGUUUUAAUUACCAGAACUAGAAACUGGAAAUAACAGUAUCAUGCAGUCAAGCUGUGUAAUUUAUAUUUUUCCUGUGAAUUUUUUUUUAAACAUCAAAAUGAGUACUGUAUGAAAUUUUAAUUCUAUAAAAUCAAAUGCUGUAAAAGUAUUGCCAAAUGCUUUUGCAUAUCAGAAACAGAUUUAUAAAUAUUUUUAAAACAUCUCAAUGUACUAAAUCUUAUCCAGGUAUACAAAUGUAAUAUUCUUUCAAUAAAAAGCUGUAUAUCUAAAACAAUUCAAGUACUCAUAAUAGAAUAAACUGUAUGAAAAUGUGCAAGUUCACUAGAGAUGACCUAAGCCCUGUUGUACAGGGAUAAAGGUUUAAACACUUAUUUUAUUGUAAAGUACAUUGAAUUUUCUGUAUUCUCUGGUUAUCAUACAUUUUCUCCUUAAAAAACAAAUGAUGUAAGUCUUAAUUUUUAUGCCAUCUAUUAAUUUACCAACUAGUUACCUUGUAAAUGAGAAGUCAUGAUAGCACUGAAUUUUAACUAGUUCUGAUUUAUAGGUUUGGUACUAUGAGGCAACUACUUAAAAUUCUCAUUUUUGUUUUUUAAAAGGCAUUUAGAGCUUCAAGAAUGAUUUUGUAUGCAAUGUUGUUUUAAAUUUUGACUAAUCUCAUAGAAUUGCUGUACUCUCCAUUAUAAGAAAACCUGAGAGUCCGUUCAUUAGAUGUUCUUCAAGACCACAAACAGGCUGGCUAUUUGGUCAUUUUUCACUUUGGCUAUUUUUAAUAGGACCUGUUGUUUUAGAUUACUAUCUGAGAAUUUCAUGGAUUCACUCCUGAUACAGGAGAUAAGAGAACAUUUAAUUCAUAACUUUUAUAUUAACCAAUGUAGUAAAAAACAAAGCUCACACACAAAAACUAAGUUGCCUUUCCUUGAAUGAAUCCUGCCUGAAUAAAACAAUGAAAGAAAAAUAAAAAUAAAAUUAAUGGUAUGUAGUCUAAUUUGUAAAUGAAUGAAUAUUGAAAUAAUACACACUGUGGAUAUAUUUUAAGGCCUUAUGUAGUUUUAAUUGUUCUGCUUGUUCUGUGGUUAUGUCUAAGACUAUAGUAUAUGAUUCUCUUCAAAGUAUAUCAAGUAUUGUGAAUGCUUUGGUUCAGAUGUGUCAAAUUAACAGUAAAACAACAAAUAUAAUACCACCCA